UUUUCGCCGCAUCCUAGGGCCUCACCUCAAACACCUUUCACUCAAUUCUUCAUUGUUUUCUCCGAACUGCGAUGUAAUAUUUUCAAGAGAAGCAAUUUCCCACCCCUCUGCUCACAAAAGAUAUUGGUUUGUCCCGCUUUAGUGGAAGUAGCAGCUGAGUGUGCAGGAGCGGCGGCGGUAGUAGACAACAAUCACCAGCUGGAUUGUCAGUGCGGUGUGUGGGACAGACAGUCUUGUACUCUGCGCUUUUGUCCCGGCCUCAGGGGCAGCUCUCUACCUACUACUGAUGCCUGUGUCACAUAAACCUACUGGGUGCCUUAAACUGAUGCAGAUCUAAAAAUAUGAAGUAGGAGGCAAUUUCUUGGAUCCUAUGACAGUGAUUUAGCUGGAUUUUGUUUUGAGGAUAAAGUAAAAUGCGUAGAUGUGAACAUAUAUUUAUCCAGAGAAUACACCUUUUAUUAAAAAACAUGAUAUAAUUUUCAGCAGUUGAAGAUCGGAGUAUCAGCUGCGGGAAACAUGUGCUAUGGAUUUUAAAUUAUUUACAGACUUAUAAUUUUCAGCAUACUGUGGAAUUCUUCUCUCAGCUUCACAACAUGACAGUAUUUGCCAGACUCUGGUUAUGAAUGGAGGAGUUUCACGUUGGAUUACAAACAUAUAGAUAUAUUUUUAAAACCUGCAAGACCUACAAAAACUUCUGACACACUUGUCUUAGUUAACUAGCUAGCUUUUACAGAUGUAGACUGUAAACUAUCAGUUAAAACAGACAAUUGUAUCCAUUUUUUUCUUCUCUUUUGAUUUGGAAUAAAAAAUAAAAAAAAAUUGGAGUGAUGAAUUUCUGAUUGGGUGAGAGCUUGCUCAACGGGGAUGUACGCCACAGAGUGUCAGGCAGAAGUGACUCCUUCACACAGUAAUGGCAACCGGCAGUUUCAGUAUUCUCUGGCGGACCACACCAACCAAGCCUUCCAGAUAAUGAAUGAACUUCGUCUCAAUCAGCAACUGUGCGAUGUAACCCUAAGAGUCAAAUAUCAUGACAUGGAAGCAGACUUUGUAGCCCAUAAGAUUGUGCUGGCUUCUAGUAGCCCAGUUUUCAGGGCAAUGUUUACUAAUGGUCUCAAGGAGUGUGGGAUGGAGACUGUGCCUAUUGAGGGUAUCCACCCUAAGGUUAUGGAACGACUCCUUGAAUUUGCUUACACAGCCAGCAUUUCUGUGGGUGAGAAAUGUGUGAUUCAUGUAAUGAAUGGGGCAGUAAUGUACCAAAUGGACAGCGUGGUCAAAGCUUGCUGUGACUUCCUCAUCCAACAACUUGAUCCCAGUAAUGCCAUUGGAAUAGCCAGUUUUGCUGAACAAAUAGGGUGCCAGGAGUUGCACCAGAAGGCCCGGGAGUAUAUAUACAUGCAAUUUGGAGAGGUUGCCAAGCAAGAGGAGUUUUUUAACUUAACCCGUUGCCAGCUAGUGAAUCUUAUCAGCCGUGAUGAGCUGAAUGUGCGUUGUGAGUCAGAGGUCUUCCAUGCCUGUAUCAAUUGGGUCAAACAAGAUUGUGAGAACCGGCGGCCAUACAUUCAGGCGUUGCUGCGGGCAGUGCGUUGCCAUUCUCUCACUCCAAAGUUUUUGAAACUUCAGCUACAGCGAUGUGAGAUUUUGCGAUCUGACAGUCGCUGCCAGGACUACUUGGCCCAAAUAUUCCAGGAUCUCACCUUACACAAGCCCACCAGGCCCCAACAGGACAGGGUCCCAAAUAUCCCUCAAUAUAUAUAUGUGGCAGGAGGCUACUUUCGACAGUCACUUAGCUUUCUGGAGGCGUACAAUCCUAUAGAGGGCGAGUGGUUGGGGCUGGCACCUCUUGAGGUGCCCCGAAGUGGACUAGCUGGCUGUGUUUUAGGAGGUCUUUUCUAUGCUGUGGGAGGGCGAAAUAAUGCGCCGGACUGUAACAAAGACUCAGAUGCCAUGGACUGCUAUAACCCUAUGAACAACCAGUGGUCACCUUGUGCUUCUAUGAGUGUACCCAGGAACAGGGUAGGAGCAGGAGUACUAGAUGGACAGAUCUAUGCAGUUGGCGGCUCACAUGGAUGUCUUCAUCACAGCAGUGUGGAGAGGUAUGACCCAGAAAAGGAUGAAUGGCAGCUGGUAGCUCCAAUGAAGGCUCGGAGAAUUGGAGUGGGAGUGGCUGUGUUGAACAGGCUCCUUUAUGCAGUGGGCGGCUUUGAUGGAACAACCAGACUAAAUUCUGCUGAGUGUUAUUACCCUGAGUUAGAUGAAUGGAAGAGUAUUGCACCUAUGAAUAUUGUGCGGAGUGGGGCAGGAGCAUGUGCACUUGAUACCACUGUGUAUGCAAUGGGCGGUUACGAUGGAACAGAUCAGCUGAACAGCGUGGAGAGAUAUGAUGUGGAGAAAGAUUGCUGGACCUUUGUGGCACCCAUGAAACACCGUAGAAGUGCACUUGGGGUCACCGUUCAUCAGGGCAAGAUAUACGUGCUUGGUGGAUAUGAUGGGAACACGUUCCUUGACAGUGUAGAGUGUUAUGACCCUGCCACAGACACAUGGACAGAAGUGACGUGUAUGAAGUCAGGACGAAGCGGAGUAGGCGUGGCUAUAACUAUGGAGCCGUGCCGCAAAGAGCCAUGUGGAAGCCUCUUUCCGGAAAACUCAAAAGAAAAAAACAUCCUUGGUGGACAAAGAGGCAACUGCUGUCCAUGAUCUCCCCACGUGAUCACAGAUUUGUUUUAUAAUUUUAAGUUUAUUUUUAUAUUUCUGCUAAUAAGAAAAAAACAACAUACAGAUCCUAAAAAACUUUGAAUUAAUGUAACCGCUGUUCAGUGUUGAAGACACUUUUUUUUUUUUCUUCCCCCCCCCCGCACAUUUGUGCGCCAUUCAAAAAAAAAUCAGGUGCCAUGGAAACCAGUAAUUAUUGACAAAAAAAUAGGAUUUUUUUUGUGUUUCAAAGCUGCUUUCACCAUGUAUUUUUCUGCUUUCAUACUCAAGUGCAAGACAAUUGUUUUUAAUUUGUUUUGUAUCCUUUGUAACAGGGAAAAUAACAUCAAACUAUAGAAGAACCGAAGGCUUAAAGAUAACCACUUAAUCUUAUUGCAAAACAGCUUUGCUUUCUAUCAGCAGUGAUGUUGUUUAAACAGUCCUCUUAAAGAAAUGUAAAGAUAUAGUGAAAAUGUUAAUCUAAAUUAUAUCAUUUUGUGCUGGGGACUAUUUAAAUAUAUGGUAAUUGCUUGUUUCAUUUUUUUUUUUUUAAACUUGUUAAAAGUAAUUUAUCUGCUUAUUUAAUGUCUUAUACAGAGGCUAUAUUUUUACUCUUUCCAAGAAUUGUAAAACAAAGAAAUAGUGUUAUUAAAACCUUAACAAAAAUAGGAAUAUAUAUAUAUAUAUUUUGCUUUGAACUAUGAUUUAUAAAAUACUUGUUUAUAAGACGAUCCUGGGCAGAAAUGUGGCCUGUGUAGGAGAAAAAAAGUAAACUGACUGGCUAUAGCCUAAAUAAACUAAGAGCCUGAUUAUCACUCACCAACAUGGCGAGAAAUCACACCAAAUUAACUAUUUAUUUGAGCAUUUUAUUGUAACGUAUGUACCAAGAUGAACAGUUGUCAAGCAAAAAUUAUAAUAAUAAUGAAAGUUCUGAAAAACGUUCUUAGAUAAUCUCAGCUAGACCACAAUGAUCUAAAGCUCUUGCGAGAUUAUGUGAUAAUGAAACUGCCUAAUGCUCGUCUACUUAACUGAUGAAUGCAGAAGACGGCGGCCGCUCACAGCAUUCGACUCUUUCAGAGACUGAUUUCUUCUUGUAAAAGUGCCACACACUGAGAACUGAUUUUCACGGAUCUUAGUGUGUUGUACUUUCACAAGAAAUCCGGCUCCGAAAAGAGCUGAAUGCUGCGAAUGCUUCCGUAUCUGGCAGUUAUCAAAACUGCUGAACGUGCACGUCUAGUUAGAAGUCUCAUCAGUACAGUCAAGUCUCUCAAUUUUAGGAAGCUAAAUUGUAGCUUGCAUGCCAUUUAAAUCACUAUGCAAAGUUCUGAAAUGUGAAGAAGAAACAUUUGCAUUAGAAGAAAAUUCUAAAAACGUUGUGUGAUUUCUCUCCAUGCUGGCGAGUUUAUUAUCAUGCCCUGUGUCUUUAUGUCACAUUUAUUCACCGGCCAAUCAGGAUCAUGCAUGCAUAUGUUUGCACCAAACUGUUCUUAUGCUAUUCUGAAGCAGAAUGGGAAUUCUAGAAGUAGAACUUGGACCAUUUUGAAUACGUUUUAAAACAUUGUAAAUGAAGGGUUUUUGUUUAAAAUAAAUAAAUAAAAUAAGGUUAUCUAACAAAA